GUUCGACUUUGUUUGGCGUGAGGUAGGGUUUUGAACGAGUCUCUAAAAGCCUUCUUCGCCUCCUUCGACGACGUUCCUUCUAGUUCGCAGUUCUUCCUAUUCGAUCGGAAGUAGCGUCAAGAGCUUGCUCACUGUGAAGAGGGAAACGGAGGAUUUAUUCCGCCGUUAGAUCUACCGGCUGCUUAAAUCUUGUUUGGCAGGAUUUAGGAUCAAAUCAUGCAUAAAUAUUGUUGUCAGACAGCCCCUAAAAGUUAUCAUUUUUGUUGCGGGAGGAGGAUUUUGGCUCUGUUUACAUCGUGCUCAAAUCGUGCCGCAAUUACAACCCUUAUAAUCAGAUGAAGAAGCGCGAGGACUUUAACCAGGUUGGGUUUCGUGGUGGAGAUUACAUACGAAACAGGAAGAAGAACGAGAAGCGAAUUGGAGGGAAAGCCCUCUCCCUCGCGGCCUUUGCCAACGCCAAGUCCAGGCCUUCUGGUUACAAUCCUUCUUUCAUCAAAAAGCAAAGGGAAUUCUAUAGAAAUGCAAAAUGCAUUAACAAGUUUAAGAAAUCGGUCAAGCGAGACAGCCAGUUUGAGGAGAGGCGUCAUACCCUGCCAAAUAUUGAGGCCACCAAUGAAGAUGAGAAUGUGCUGAAAUCCCGAAAGAUCAACAAAAAGAAGAAAACCAGCUUGAAGGCUUUAGGCGAAGAAGUUGAGGAAAAAAGAGCUGAAGCAGAGAAACUGAGGAUGGAGAGAGAGGCAAUGAUCCAGGCCAAGAAGGAAGAGAGGGCAAAAGCUGAAGCAAAGCGCAAGUUCCUCAGAGAUAACAUGUCCAAGAGAACUCGAUCUGGGCAACCUGUGAUGAAAUACAGGAUUCAACAUAUCCUUGAAGGAUUGCUGGAAAAACCGUGACAGCUAAGUUUUUGUAUUCAUCUUGUGUAAACUGUUGCCACCUCAGUGCUCUUAGACUCUUACAUGUUCAUCUCAAUGAAACACUUAUGUUAUUGAUAUGUAAUAGUGUGUAAUGCCAUGAAUUUUACAUGCUCUUUUAUAGGGGUUGUUA